UGUACGGUUCUGAUGGCGGCUGCCGAACCCGCAGCUGGGUGGAAAAAAUAUCUGGUAUUGCGCAUCAUGUUGAGGCACCCGGAAUUAUGCUGUAUUGUUUUAGCAGGGAUAUUCACUGUCUUCUUUAAAUAUGGCCACAGCAUAAAGAAUGCUCGUACCAUAACCCAAUCCCAACCAGGGCCACGGCGUUUCUUUCCCAUCAGCUCCGCUGUGAUAGACAGCCCUCUGGGUGCGCUACAGCCUCUCUCUGAACUGGUUCACCAGGAGGAGGUGCUCUUUGUCAUGUACUACGCCCCCUGGUGUGCACAGUCCAUGGAGGCACGGUGGGAGUUUGAGAAAGCUGCCAGAUAUUUUCACAGACAGGUCACCUUUGCUGCAGUCAACUGCUGGUGGCCCCUGGGACAGUGUGCCAAUAUUCACGACUUCCAUGCCUUCCCAGUGUUCUUUUUUUACCAUACACAUUUGGAGGGGUUUCCAUAUUUAGGUCUCCGCACUGUGGAACACAUGAUUGCAUUCCUGGAGAGGUUCUUGUACCCCUUAACUUAUGUCACAACUCAGGACCAAGUCAAGGCCUUAAAAAUACACAGUGAUAAUGUAGUUUUGAGCUUCUUUGACUUCAAUGCCUCUCCCCAGCCUCCUGGACUUGUGCAGUUUUACUAUGCAUCAAUGAGAAUGAUUGCUGUGUCCAUGGAGCACAUUCCGUUUGCAGUUAUAACUGACCCUGUCUUGGCCACUGACAAUGGGCUGGCUAACUCCAGUUCUUUUCAUCUUUUGAGGUCUCUUAAUGAAACUGUGAUAUAUCCAGAUUCAGGGAACAUAAGUUCUAGUCAACUAGUGUCAUGGAUUGUGAAGCAUAAGCAAUCUCCUGCAAUCCAGUGGGUGUCUUCUAUGGGUAUGAAAACUCUCACUUUGUCUACUGAGAUGAAGAAAGGAGCAGGCAUCUUUGUGUUUACUACAUUGAACCCACUGGGUGGCUUCAACCAGUAUAUCAACAUGAUCAGGGAAGUUGCCCUGGACUACUAUAAUUGUGAUAAUUCUUCCAAAGUAAGGGACAUCAUUCAUGGCAGCAUCCACCAUAGGUGGCGGUCGGUGCAAGAGGAGACACAGCAGCAGGAGACUUGUAAAACUUUAUUCAACAUCAAGACAUCUGGGUCAGAUGAUCCAGCUAAGAGCAAGUGCUGUCAAUCUGUUGUGAUAGACGACCAAGGAAUUGGGUCAAAAAACCACAAUGUCUGUGAUGUGUGUGUCAACUACUGGACCAGUUACAAUCGUUAUAAACACUGUAGAGUCCUUCCCAUGUCUAGCCUGUCAUUAAACAGACCUAAGAGACCUCUUCAGAUUAACAUGUGCCAGGAGUCAAUGCUGCAUUAUGAUAUUAAUCAGAGAAUGAGUUUAUGUUGUUCUGAACUUCUUACGGAGAGAACUGCCAAAGCUGCUCCAAGUGUGAAUUUUAAGAGAACCAGAAAGCCUACUGAUGCAUUUACUUUGAAUGCAGCUCAGAGGGAGAAAGAGAAACUAUGCAAUAGACGUAAAUUGAACAGACUGCUGAAGUACACAUACAAAUCACACAAAUCACUGAUGAAUGACAGCUUUAUACAACACAGUUUCACUGGUCAGAGCUGCAGAACCAAUAGAACACUGAGAUUCUUUGCAGUAGAUGAUAAAUAUCAUGCUGUGUUUGCCUCUAGGUUAGGAAUACGACUGGACAAAACUCACAAUGGUGUGGCAGUAGUAUUAGUGGACAUAAAGAAUGAAGCACAGUAUGUGAUGACUUCUGCUGUUAGCAAAAGAAAUUUAGUUGAGUUCAUAGAGAGCUAUACCCACAGUGAGUUGAUGCGGGUGUUGAGGACGUCCACUGUUGUGUCGGAGUGUGGUACCUCGGAGGAACACUCUUGUGUCAUUGAGCUUACUGCCAAGACAUUCCAUCAAGUGGUCAUGGAACAAAAUCAGGAUGUUGUGGUGUUCUAUUAUACUCAUUGGUGUGGUUUCUGUGCUGGAGUCUUGCAUCUCUAUCUGACUGUGGCCAGGUAUUUCAGGGACGUCACUGACCUGGUCUUUACAAGGGUCAAUGCAGACAGCAAUGAUCUUCCCUGGGAGUUCACAGUUACCACAUUCCCUACAAUACUCUUUUUUCCUGCAGGGAGAAAGGAGGACAGUGUGCAUUUCCCUGACCAUCUUGCCAAAUCGGUGCCUAAUCUGAUCAAUUUUGUGCUCCAGCAUGCCUCAAAGUCUCUCAAGGUGCGUGCUGCACUGGAACUUUGCUCAGGCAGCUGUAUACAAAGCAAUAAACAUAACACUGCUGAAGCAAUCAAAACAUUACAAAGAGAAGUCACUUUUUUGAGCUCUAAAACUCUGAAAAUCACCCACAGGUUGGGGCAGCUAAAACACAUGCAGACUCUGCUCAAAAGGGAGUUUGACCAUGUAACAGGUGAUCAAAAGGAGGAGCUCAUUGUAAAGAACGGGACACUAUGCAACAAAAUUGGAGUGUUGGAGAAAUAUUUGGAUAUAUUAAAGCAGAGGAGGAAGAGAAAAGAAACUCAGUCCGUUUGUGCCAAAGAUUUGUACAAGGUUCUAUCAACUAGUAGAUCUAGUCAUCUAGAAAGAUACAGACUAGUCAGUCUGCUAACUAAAUAUGAACUGCUCAGGCAGAAGGUCUUAGGUGAAACUGUGAAAGUGGAAAAGAAGACGUCGAGGAUGGAAGAUGGGCAAUCUUAUGUUAUGAGGGAUCAGUUUUAGUUCCUCCAGCAUUAUUAAACUUGAAAAAAUAAAACUGAAUUUUAAGGCUAAUGACAUAUGAAAUGCUACAAUUGACAUUGAAUACAGUUUAUUCCCCAUCAUGUUAACCUUUUUGAAGUUCAUUGUGCAUUGGUUCUUGUAUUUCUGUAGCAAUGGUUUUGACUCUAAGAAUGGACAUGAGAGCAAUUUUGAAAAUGGUUUAAGAGUUCUCAGUGCAGUGUAGAUUAAUAAAUUGUUAAAUUGUUCCCAAAUAUUUGGAAAGAAAGAUCUUCCCACCAGGUAUAUUUUAACAAAAUGAACUUUGACUGGAAUUUGUCAGCAGGGGGUCUGUCAAGUCUUUUUUUCAGCAAGGAAAAUAGGCUGAUAUUUAAUCAUAUUUAUCAUAGUUAUUUAUGAUAAAAUCUACAAAGAAAUGUGGUUAUUCCAUCCCUAAAACAAAUUGGACUUGUUGCUACUAGCUGGUAAGUCAUUAAAGCCUGGUAAACCACUAAGAUAAAUCUUGUUUUGUACAAUAUUUUCAUACAGAAGAGGAUUUAAGGUUAAAAAAAAAAAGAAAAAAAAAAGGAAAAAAAUUAAGAUGGAGACCAGCUAUUAUCAGGGCUUUAUAAUGAGACCUUCAACUACAAAUGAAAAACUAUAAAAAUAAAUUUAUUUUAUAUUUAACACUGUAUACUACUAGAAAAAUAGGUAAGAAAGGUUUCUGUAAAUACUAAGACAUAAUGAUAGUCAUAAUUUAUUACAGAGGAGUGUUAUUAUUUUUGUGCAAUGCAAUAUAAAUGUUAAUAUAUAGAUGUGCUAUUUUAGCUUCAUCCCAUCCUCAUUUACCACCAAGAAUGAAAUAUUCUGAGAUAGAUUAUGUUGUCAUACAUGGUAUUGCUCACAGUUCUGUAGUUCUUCCAUUGCCUAAACUGCAAGAAAGGGUGAGGAAAAAGAUGAAUAAAAACUAAGUGUAGUGAUAAUAAUAGCUGAAUACUAAAUGUUGCAUUGGUACAAUUGCCAGCUACCUGUACUACACUUUUUGUAAAGAACACAAAUUAUAUAAAAAGAUAAGUAUUAAAAGACAACAAUAACUGUGUUAAUACUAUACAGAUGUAUGUGUUGUGACGGGUGCCUCUUAUAAACCACUGAAAUAAACUUACAGUGAAUCAAUUUUAAUAAUAUAGUUUUUUCUCAUGGCAACUGGUGAAAUGUGAUCACAACUGUGGUUUUACUUUAGAAAUAUCAGUGCAAUCAUCAGAACAUAAUUAUUGAUUAAUAUGCAUAUUUACAGAAUUUAAGUCCCCUUACAGAACUGUAAGAAUUCCAAGUAGCUGAUAGCAAGUGUUUAUAGUUACUCAGCUGAUUGAGUAAACAUCUAUUAAGUUUUAAAUGAAAUAAAAAAAAGUUGUAUUUA